CCGCAGCCAAGUGUGAAACCGAGUCUUGUUCCGCCCGUCACUGUUGCGGAUAGUCGUGUACGUUGAGAGACAACCAGAAAAAUAUCAAAUUUUUAUAUUUCAUUGGUAGCACUAUAGUUAUUUUAUCGUUUAAUUAGUAUCUGUCCGGCAACCCACAAACAUACGCACGCGGUCGUGUGCAGUUUGUUUGUCCGAAGGUGCUUGUGCGCUCGCAUCAGUCUGUCACGAGGACUACCAUGUCAAUCUCACUCAGGCUCCUGGCGAUCGCAUGUCUGAUCACAUUGGGAUCUUGUGAUUCGUUAUUAUCACGAAUUAAACGUCAACAAGCGUCAACAAGUGAACCGAAAAAAGAGGAGAGUUUUGAGAUCGAAAUAUGUAAAGACAAAGACGCAGGAGAAUGGUUUCGGUUAACAGCACAAGAUGGUGACAGUUGCCGUGAUGUCAUCCAGUGCACAUCAUCGGGAUUGCAAGCCAUUCGUUGUCCUGCCGGUUUGUAUUUCGAUAUAGAAAAACAAACAUGUGACUGGAAGGCCGCAGUGAAGAAUUGCAAGUUGAAGAAUAAAGAACGUAAAGUCAAACCUUUAUUGUUCACAGACGAACCAUUGUGUCAGGACGGAGAAUUGUCUUGUGGUGAUAAGUCUUGUAUUGAACGAGGACUAUUUUGUAAUGGUGAAAAGAAUUGCCCUGAUGGUUCAGAUGAAAAUUCGUGUGAUAACGAUAAUGAUCCUAAUCGCGCACCGCCUUGCGAUCCUGCCGUGUGCGUUUUACCCGACUGCUUCUGCUCCGAAGACGGCACCGGAAUACCAAACGACUUGCCGGCCAAAGAAGUCCCUCAGAUGAUUACGAUCACUUUUGACGAUGCCAUCAACAACAAUAACAUCGAACUGUACAAGGAAAUAUUCAAUGGCAAACGCAGAAAUCCCAACGGGUGUGACAUCAAAGCUACGUUCUUCGUGUCGCACAAGUACACCAAUUACUCGGCGGUGCAAGAAACCCACAGGAAAGGCCACGAAAUCGCAGUGCACUCGAUAACGCACAACGACGACGAACAGUUCUGGAGCAACGCCACCGUCGAGGACUGGGCCAAGGAAAUGGCUGGUAUGCGCAUUAUCACCGAAAAAUACGCUAAUCUGACAGACAACAGCGUUGUCGGUUUAAGAUCRCCUUAUUUGCGCGUAGGCGGCAACAACCAAUUUACCAUGAUGGAGGAACAGGCUUUUUUGUACGAUUCAUCGAUCACUGCACCACUGUCCAAUCCGCCGCUCUGGCCGUACACCAUGUACUUCCGCAUGCCCCACAGAUGUCACGGAAACUUGCAACACUGUCCGACUCGUAGCCACGCUGUAUGGGAAAUGGUGAUGAACGAACUAGACAGAAGAGAAGACCCUAGCUUUGACGAAUACUUGCCCGGUUGCGCCAUGGUAGACUCAUGUUCCAACAUCCUGUCCGGCGAUCAGUUCUACAACUUUUUGAACCACAACUUCGACCGGCAUUAUGAUCAAAAUCGCGCACCCAUGGGUCUGUACUUCCACGCCGCCUGGCUGAAGAACAAUCCCGAAUACUUAGACGCGUUCCUGUUCUGGAUUGAUGAAGUACUGGCCAACCACAAUGACGUGUACUUCGUAACCAUGACGCAGGUAAUCCAAUGGAUCCAAAAACCAAGGAUCAUCAACGAGGUAAAGAACUUCGAACCAUGGAGGGAAAAGUGUGUGGUCGAAGGGCCACCAGCCUGUUGGGUACCGCAUUCGUGCAAGCUGACCAGCAAAGAGGUUCCCGGGGAGACCAUCAACUUGCAAACGUGCGUCAGGUGCCCCAACAACUAUCCGUGGCUCAACGACCCCACCGGAGACGGUUUCUUCUAAGUCACACGCACAUUGUUCCCCGAUCUCACACACCCACACUCAUUAAUCGAAUUUUUUUUACAAUCCAAUAUAAUAUAUAUAUUAUUUUUUUUUGAAUUUUUAUUAUUACUUUUAUUUUUAUUUUACUUAUUAUUCUUUUUUUUUUUGUUUUUUUUUUUAUCUGGAUGUCGAGACAAUGCAUCUCCCGUUAUAAAAAAAAUUAUUUAAUCAACAAAUUUCUAUAGGUUCAUUAUGUGUAUCGGGUUUCUCAAUUAACUGUGAUUGUUGUUGUUUACGACGUCACCGCCGCCGUCGUUCAUAACACACUACAUCGCCAGCAUUAUGCGGUGGCAUAAUGCGUGUUACUUAUUUUAUAUUGUAAUAAUCGUCGAACAUCGAUAUUAAUUAAUUUUUUUUUACUUUGAUUUUAAGAACUUUUUCCAAGAAAAAAGAACAGUUAGGUACUUUUGUAAAAAUUAAUGAAACGUUGUAUCUAUAGAUAGUAAAUAAAUUAUAUUAAUAUUUAA